AUGGACAAGUUCGAUCGCACCAAGUUUGGGUCCAAGAAGCAAAAUGGCUUCAGCAACAAGACUAAAGAUAAAAAACUGAAGGCGGGUCUCAAGAGGAUCGACGAACAAUACAAAGAUGCAGUUUCUUCGGCAGCAGCGACCGAGUAUUUGUUGCCGGAAUCUGCAGGUUUCUUGGAGGCAGAAAACGAACUGGAGAAAACAUUUCGAGUUAAACAGGAUGAAAUCCGCAGCGCCGUGGACGUCAGUACGGCCAACAAAGCUUUAGACCUGAAACUUCGAGAUUUUGGACCUUAUUCCAUCAACUACUCCCGUAACGGGACCCACUUGCUGAUUUGCGGUCGCAAGGGCCAUGUGGCAUCUAUGGACUGGCGCAAGGGCCAACUGCGCGCAGAGCUAAAUCUCAACGAAACAUGUCAGGCUGCCACCUAUCUACAGAAUGAGCAGUACUUUGCAGUGGCCCAAAAGAAAUACACUUUCAUUUACGAUCACGAAGGCGUGGAAUUACAUCGCCUCAAACAGCACAUUGAGGUUAAGCAUAUGCAAUUUUUGCCCUACCACUAUCUGCUCGCCACUGCUGGGCAGACAGGGUGGCUUAAAUAUCAGGACGUCAGUACCGGUCAGCUGCAAGCAGAGAUUCGGACAAAACUGGGACCCACGUCUGCUAUGGCCCAGAAUCCAUGGAAUGCGGUGAUCCAUUUAGGACAUAGUAAUGGUACCGUUACGCUUUGGGCACCUAACAUGCCAACCCCAUUGGCAAGGUUGCUAUCAGCCCGUGGUCCAAUCACAAGUGUAGCGGUAGACAGACAAGGUCGCUACAUGGUUACCACCGGAGCCGACAAAUCCAUGAAGAUCUGGGAUAUUAGAAAUUUCCGCGAAUUACAUACGGUCGAAAACCUACCUACUCCUGGUUCAAAUGUGGAAAUUUCGGAUUCUGGUUUACUGGCUCUUUCUAGAGGCCCCCACGUCACUCUUUGGAAGGACGCAUUUAAGUCCAAUAAAUCAUCGAGGCCAUAUUUCGGCUCCAGUGGCUUUAAAGAUCGUAAUACACCUUAUAUGUCCAGCAUGUUUCCUGGGAGUAAGGUAACUAACACGCAGUUCGUACCAUUCGAAGAUUUACUUGGGGUUGGUCACCAGGAUGGUGUACGCAAUCUGAUAAUACCCGGUGCUGGUGAAGCAAAUUACGAUGCUUUGGAGAUUAAUCCAUUCGAGACGGCCAAACAGAGGCAAGAACAAGAAGUCAGGACGUUGUUGAACAAGCUACCUGCAGACUCUAUUGCUUUGGAUCCAAAUGUUAUCGGUACUGUGGAUAAGAGAGCCACAACCACUAGAUUAAACGCCAAGGAACUGGCUGAGCUUACCAAUGAGAAGGCUAAUGAGGCGAAGAACAACAAAGAUGUUCCUCAAGUGAUGCCAACUGUAAAAGGCAAAAAUUCUGGUCUACGAUCGUUUUUGCGCAAAAAGACUGAAAAUGUUAUCGAUGAGAGGAAAUUGAGAGUAAAUGCACAAUUAGAGAAAGAAAAGGCCGCACGUCAACGCAACGAACUGAUCAGAAAGGGUGAAAUCAAGGAGGGACAGAAGGAUUUGGUGAGUGAAGCCUUGAACAGAUUUGGCUGA